AUGGCCACUCUUGUUUCUUCUAAUUCACCACUUGCUCGUGUCCUCUAUUCUUUUCUUCUUUUUUGCCUUUUAAGCUCUGUCAAGAAAGACAAUGCUGUUGAAGGAACGAAAGCCUAUUUUCACACUCUCAAAAUCAAUUCUCGCCCCCUAUUAGACGUCUGCAAGGAAUCUUCCAAAGGUACUUCAGUUCUGAACAAAGGAUCAGCAUCCCUAAAAGUGGUACACAAGUACGGUCCAUGCUAUCGACACAAAAGAUCAAUCCCUCCGCCCUCCUUCAUCGAAAUCCUCCGUCGAGACAAACUUCGAGUGGACUCGAUUAUUCAGUCCAGGCGUUCGAUGAAUUGGGCCCGCAAUGUUGAGCACAUGAAGAGUGGGAUCCCGUUCCGUGGUCUAUCCAAAGACACUAUAAGUGACUAUGUUGUCAAUAUUGGUUUGGGCACGCCGACGAAGGAAGUUCCACUCAUAUUUGACACAGGCAGUGGCCUCAUUUGGACUCAAUGCAAGCCAUGCAAGCCUUGCUACGGAAAUGCACCGGUGUUUGAUCCAACCAAAUCAACCUCAUUCAAAGGCAUUCCAUGCUCCUCAAAGCAGUGCCUAAGAAUCGAAGAAGCAGUAUGCUCCUCUAAUUCGAAGUGCAGCUACAUAGUUGGAUAUGUAGACAACACCACCUCCACAGGAAUAUAUGCCACGGAAACAAUAACCUUUAAUCAAUCAAAUUAUGACUUCAGGAACAUCUUGAUUGGAUGCAGCAAUCAAAUAUCUGGUGAUUUAGAUCAAGACAAUUCUGGUAUAUUGGGAUUGAACCGCCAACCUAUAUCUUUUCCAUCCCAAACUGCUGACAAAUUCAACGAACUCUUCUCUUAUUGUAUCCCAUCCACUCCUGGCUCAACUGGUUACCUUACUUUCGGUGGUGAAGUGUCGACGGAUGUGAAAUUCUCUCCCGUAUCCAACAGAGCAGCAUCUUCGGACUACGACAUCGAAAUGACUGGAAUUAGUGUCGGAGGCCGUAAACUAUUGAUAGAUGUAUCGGUUUUCAAGAUUCGUUGCGCCAUUGACUCUGGUACAGUGUUCACUCGGCUGCCUCCGAAGGCAUACAAGGCGCUCAGAUCAAUGUUCCGAGAAAUGAUGAAAAGUUAUCCUCUGGUGGACAUAGAUGAGACUCUAGACACAUGCUAUAACUUCAGGAAUUAUAAGACGGUUACAAUACCUGCGGUUAGUGUGUUCUUCAAAGGUGGUGUUGAGGUGGAUAUCAAUGUGUCGGGGAUCAUGUUUGGGGAUGUGGAGUCCAAGGUGUACUGCUUGGCAUUUGCAGCACUGGACGAGGAAUAUGCAAUCUUUGGGAAUGUCCAGCAACAGACUUACACAUUAGUCUUUGAUGGUGCAAGAGAGAGGAUUGGAUUUGCCCCUGGUGGCUGUGACUAA